UCGUAAAGCGGCUCGCACGCAGCAUGGCGCACGAUUUAAACGGCAAGGUCGCGCUUGUGACGGGCGCCGCUAACGGCGUGGGCGCGGGGAUGGUGAGGCUGCUGCUGGCUGAAGGGGCGAAGCACGUCGCCAUUCUGGACAUCGAUGAGACUAGAGGGACUGUGUUCCAAAAUGAGUUAAACGCUGAAUAUGGCGCCAAUAAGAGCAAGUUCUACCAGUGCGAUGUCACGAACGACGAUCAGCUGUUCGCGGCGUUUCAGUCCGUCGUAGCGGGGCAUGGGGGCCUCGACCUGGUGGUCAACAAUGCUGGCAUCAUGAACGAUGCCCCGCACGUGUAUAAGAAAGAAAUUUCGAUUAACGUGACUGCUCUGAUCACCAGCACCUUGAAAGCCCUAGAGCUGAUGCGCACAGACGAAGGCGGUAAAGGAGGCACCGUCAUAAACAUAGCAUCUAUCGCCGGCCUUUGCCAGUUAUCCAUCAUGCCCAUCUACUGGGCCACCAAGGCGGCUGUUAUCCAGUUUAGCAACUGUAUCGGUAAAGAGGACUACUACAAGAAGACUGGCGUCCGCGUCCUGGUAAUGUGUUUUGGAGCUACCGACACCAGUCUCCUCACCGGUCAGAAGCUGGGAUCGCUCGACAAGAACGUGGACGGCGAAAUGCUCACCAGCGUAAUUCAGGAAACCCCUCUACAACGGAUGGAAUCAGCAGCCCAGGGUGUGAUCGAUGCGUACAAGAAAGGCACCAGUGGCAGCACCUGGAUCGCAACCCGGGACCUCCCCGCCAAGGACAUUACUGACAACGUCAAUAGGGCAUAUGAGAUCUUGGGCGAACAUAUGUGACCGCAU